AUGACGGAUUCAGUGGAAAGUGGAAACAGCUUCCAUGUGUUUGACCAAGGCCAAUUUGCCAAGGAGGUGCUUCCAAAGUACUUCAAACAUAACAACAUGGCCAGCUUUGUACGGCAGCUCAAUAUGUAUGGCUUUCGAAAGGUUGUCCACAUUGAGCAGGGAGGAUUGGUGAAGCCAGAGAAAGAUGAUACUGAAUUCCAGCACCCAUACUUCAUCCGAGGCCAGGAACAUCUCCUGGAGAAUAUCAAGAGAAAAGUAACCAGCGUAUCCAGUAUAAAGAAUGAGGAUAUAAAGGUUCGUCAAGACAAUGUAACCAAGUUACUGACUGACAUCCAGGUGAUGAAAGGAAAGCAGGAGAGCAUGGACUCCAAGCUGAUAGCCAUGAAGCAUGAGAAUGAGGCAUUGUGGAGGGAAGUAGCCAGCCUGAGGCAGAAGCAUGCUCAGCAGCAGAAAGUUGUCAAUAAGCUUAUCCAGUUUUUGAUCUCAUUGGUGCAAUCCAACCGUAUUCUUGGGGUGAAGAGGAAGAUUCCCCUGAUGUUGAACGACAGCAGUUCAGCACAUUCCAUGCCGAAAUACAGUCGCCAGUACUCCUUGGAGCAUGUCCAUGGCUCAUCCCCAUACACAGCUUCUUCCCCAGCGUAUAGUGGCUCCAAUCUGUAUUCCCCGGAUUCUUCAGCCAACUCUGGUCCCAUUAUCUCUGACGUGACAGAGCUAGCCCAGUCCAGCCCUUCGGCAUCUCCCAGCGGCAGUCUCGAUGAAAGGAGUAGUCCUGUGGUCCGUAUCAAAGAAGAACCCCCUAGUCCUUCCCGCAGCCCCCAGAUAGAGGAGGCCAGCCCUGGGAACCCUCCUGCUGUUGAAACUCCUCUGUCUCCCUCCAUGUUCAUUGACUCCAUCCUGCAGGAGAACGAACCCAGCACUACGACCGCUGCCACUGGCGACAGCAACACACAGCCUCAGCCCCAGGAAAAGUGCCUCAGCGUUGCCUGCCUCGACAAUUUGACUCGCACAUCGCAGAUGUCAGAGGUCACUCGUCUUUGCCCCAGUUCUUCCUCUUCCUCACUUCAUUGCAGAUCACAGCAAGGGAAUGAACUUAAUGACCAUCUGGAUACCAUUGAUUCCAACCUGGAUAACCUUCAGACGAUGUUGACCACGCACGGCUUCAGCGUAGACACAAGCGCGCUAUUAGAUCUGUUUAGCCCUUCAAUGACGGUUACAGACAUGAACCUUCCCGACCUGGACAGCAGCCUUGCCAGUAUUCAGGAUCUCCUUUCAUCCCAGGAACAGCAGAAACCUACUGAGACAGAGGCCAGCACAGCGAACACAGGAAAGCAGCUGGUGCACUACACCGCCCAGCCCCUCUUCCUGGUGGACUCGAGCGCUGUCGACAUGGGGAGCGGAGACCUGCCAAUAUUCUUUGAGCUGGGCGAAGGGCCAUAUUUCACGGAUGGAGACGAGUACUCAGAAGAUCCCACCAUCUCUCUCUUGUCGGGGACUGAGCAGCCCAAGCCCAAGGACCCCGCAGUAUCCUAAGGCUGAAAGCAGGGUGAAAGAGAGAAAGCGAGCGAAUACGCACUAAAGGGAAAUCCAGCCGUCAGCCUCCUUGCUUUGCACAGACAUUGAAAGCUCUAAACACCCUCUGGUUCAUGUUUGCUUCCCCCGGCACUGUGAGGAUUUCAUUUGUGUGUGUGCUUAAUGAGGUGUUUUGAAAUCUGCUUUAGAUUCUCACCAC